UCUAUUCUGCUAGCGGCAAAAGAAUGGUGCUGCUUAAGUUUAUAGUGCUAUUUCUUGGUAUCCUCGUAUAUUCAGUGGAUUCUUGUUCAACAGUAUCUAGAUCAGGUGUAUCACUAACUGGAGUAUGUCCUAAUGAUACUUUUACUGUACCCAUUGGAACAACACUGACUUAUAACUGCUCUGCCAGCAGUUUUACUUCUGGAUACCAACCUUAUUGGAAUAUCAGUGGAAUUAGUUACGCACCUUUUGAUCCUACACCACCUAGUGUAACAAUAGAUACGAAUAUUCCUGAUUCUUUAUCAUUUUUACAUAUCACCAUUAAUGUCACUCAAUUGUUGGAUAUUCAAUGUAGAUUGUGCAUGAAUUCUAACUGCUUCGGAAAUGACUCAACUAAACUGAUCGUCUUUGGUCCUCCUUCUUCACUAUCUCACGAGUUAAGAGAGAAUGCUAAGCUGUCAUGGUCAGCCCCUUCUCUCCCUCCUUCAGUAAAUGAAGAUGAUGUAUCAUUCACUUAUAAUAUAAUAAUAAUGGGGUCAACUAAUAAUUCACUGACAGUAACUGAUAUAAACAUUACUAACAAUACAUAUGUCAUAAUAUCACCUGCUAAUAUAACUAAUUAUACUGAAUGUACUUCAUAUCAGUGGGGGGUAAGAGCAGCUGCUGAUUUAAGUUAUGGAUUCACUGAUUUUGAAAAUAAAACUGAAAGCUUUACAUUCACAUCAGCUCCUAACAUAACUGAUGCAACGGUGACUGGUAGCAUUUCUUCAAUUAUAUUUGAACUGAUAUUUAGUACUUCUGUGGAAGAUGCAUAUACAUAUACUCUACAUCAAAGAGAUUAUUGUGAAAAUCAACUCAAUUCAUCUGAAAUCAAUAAUACACUGAUCAGUAGAAUCAAUAACACCAUGGUAUCAAUCAAUAUUCAAUCAUUAAUAGAGGAUGAAACAUGGUCAGUGUCAGUUGAAGUAGCUGUUUGUCAAUAUAAUGAUACUACACAAUAUAUAAACAUUACUAAUGGCAGUGAUACAGAUAGAAUAUUAGAUUGCAAGUCAGAUUCAUUGGUGUCUUCAACAGCAAUAACAUCACUAACACUAUUACCAUCUAUUUCAUCAAUGGAACACACCUCAUUCUUUGUUUCUCCCUCCUUCCCCUCUUCAUCUGUCACUAAUACACCGUCUGGUACAUGUAACCUUAUAUCAUUGUUUUAUUUGUUGUUUGUUUUUCUCAUCUCAGGAACCCCAGUUAGUGGUAAAAGUAUAAAUAUCAUAAUAGGAGGAGUAACUGGAGGAGUAAUUGGAGGAAUAGUAGUGUUGAUAUUAAUUGUUGCAGUAUUGACUGCAUGUAAAAUAAAGAAGAAAGGAUCUUUCACACACAAAAAAUAAAAGAGA